AGCACUGCAGGAUCAGACUGUCCGAUCAACUUCUGUUGCGUCUGAUCACGAGUACAGCAAUGCACCUCCAGCUUUGCACUUCUGUGUUUCUGUGAGACAUAUGCAGCACGUGCAGUGCGCUGAGGGGAAUCUAGACGCGUAAAUCACGCGCACCUGCGUUUGUGCCAUCCGAGAUGCUCUGCUGAAGAUCUGCUGAAAGUGAUCCACGCACACACACACACACGCGCGCGCGGAUCUUGAGUGGGAUUUUCUUCAGAUCGGAGUCUUUCUGCUGCUGUGAUGGAGUUUCAUCAUCUUUUUCUCUUCUGUCUUCUCUGCGUUCUGUCACGAGUCUCUGCUGAAGCUGAGGUGGAGAAUCUGUCCGGUCUGUCACCGAAUCCCGAUCGGGAUAUAUUUGUAGUUCGAGAGAACGGGAGCACGUGCCUGAUGGCGGAGUUUGCGGUGAAAUUCCUCAUUCCGUAUGAUGUGCUCGCGCUUAAUGGAAUCGAUUUAAUAACGGAGCAGACGUCUUUGUCGAUCCCGCGCGGCGCGGAGAUCGCGGGAAAAUGCGGCGCGCGUGAAUCUGAGCUGCACAUCUCGUGGAUUAAUCGUGCGUUCACGUUCCGCAUCUUCUUCUCGAAGGAGAGCCGCAUCAUGGGCAGUGAAGGUAAAGAAAGUGAAGUGUGGAAGAUUAACAAGGUUCAGCUGGUUUACGACACAUCAGAGGUGACACACUUUGUAAACGCUUAUAACCCGGGGAAACACACAGCCAGCACACACCGUCUGUCGGCGCUCGUGACGCCUGCCGGUCGAUCGUACGUGUGUACGGCUCAACAAACGCUCACGUUGAUCUCCACUGACCAUCAGAAGGGAAUCACAGUCUCGCUGUACGACAUCCAGGUUCAGGCCUUCGACAUCAAGAGUGACUUUAUGUUCAGUGAACCGUAUAAAUGCAUCACAGACCAGCGGGAGCAGCUGGAGCAAACCCUGCCUCUGGUGUUGGGUCUCAUCCUCGGCCUCAUCAUCGUCAUCACCAUCUCAGUUUAUCAUUUUCACCUGAAACUGACCGCACAACAGCCGCAGUUGCCCCGAGACCGCUCGCUCUACAAGAACGUAAUGUGAUCGUCUUCAGACGGCCGACUCUCCUGAAGGACUUUUCACACUGGGCUUAACCCUGGUUUAUCUUUAUUCUAAACCCCACUUUUAACCCCCGGUUAUCGAGCGUUUCACACUUGUCAUUUAGAAACGGGUUAUCCCUGAAAUUAACCCACGAAGCUCUGCUCUGAAGCAUACAGGGUUAACGGUGGCCCAAACGUGUACAGUGUGAAAUGAAGCGGGGUUAGCAUGUGACACAGAAACUGAAGAGCAUCUCAUAUCACAAUCUGACUGUGUGUAUACCGUCACAGAAACUACACAUGUUGUGUAAAGAGAUGUUUUAACAUUGAGGGAAAGGUGUAAUAAAGUGAAGAACGAUGAAAACUCCAGGGCCUGUAUUCAGAAUUUAACUUAAAGGUGCAGUGUGUAAAUUUUAAUGGCCUCUAGUGGUAAGGUUGUGAAUUGCAACCAACGGCUCAGUCCACUGCUCACCCCUCGCUUUUGAAACGCAUAGAGUUAGGGACCGGAAAAACAUGUUAUCGUCUGAGACAACUUUGUAAAAAAGUUUGUCCUUUAAAAGCUUCUGUAGAAACAUGGUGGCACAAAAUGGCGACUUCCACGUAGGGGGACCCUCUGUGUAUAUAGAUAAAAACCUCUUAUUCUAAGGUACUAAAAACAUAAUGGUUCAUUAUGAAAGGUCUUCUUUAUACACCCCUGAUAAUAUAGUUUUGUAUAAUAUUUAGCAUUUCUGUCAAGAGAUCCUUCUAAAAAUUACACACUGCACCUUUAAAAACCUCUACGCAGGAGUCUUAGCUUCAGGACCAAUCGGAGAGCAAUGAGAAGAGUGCUUUUAUCUAUAGGGUCUCUUAUAAGCCAUCAGUUUUUAAAUUACAGGAAUACUUUUUCCUGUUUUAUCGUACUCGCACAUAAACACACACAUUUAUUUAUUUAGGUACCAUGCUGUAAUGUCAUACUUUUAUAAUAAUAAUGUAUUUGAUGGGAAAUAAACAGCGACACAAGGUUCAUUUUGCUUAUAGACGUCUAACAAACCCAAAUCAUCUCUGCUGCAUUUUGUCUUUGCUGAAUCGGUUACUGUAGUAAAAAGAAAACACCACAGUUUUUCAAUAUUUUACUAUGUUCUUAUCUCAACUUACAAAUAAAUACAUAGCAAUCUGUUUUCAAUGUGUGUGCUUUAAUGUAUAGUGUAGUUUUCCUUUAAUGUAGUGACUACUUUAAUUUCUGCGCUAUGUCAGAGAUGUCAUCAUGUCUUAAAUAAGAUCGCUCACAAACAUGAUCUCUGUACGAUCUAAUGUGUUGUGUCUUAUUAACUCACUGUCAUGCAUCGUGUGCUUUACUUUUCAUGCAUUUUGUCCACUUUCCAUGCUGCUAAAGAAACUCUUAAGCCUCUUAAAAGUCUUUGUCCAUACUCAUAACAAUCUGGUUCUGGACAUUAAGUCCUCUUUUAAGGGUUUCUGAAUUACUUCUUUCUUUACUAGGAUCUUUUCUUUCAUUUAAAUGCCCACAUUUAUAAGAAUUGUGUUAGUUGAAAGAGUUGCUUCUAAUGUAAAUCUAAGAUUUUUCAUGAAUACAGGCCCUGAACUGUAGUAAAGAGUCGUAAGAGCAAAGACUAGUGUGAGACGAACGCUGGUUUAAAGCGGUAGCGUGCUGUUUUAAUGUCUAACACAGCUUUAUUUAUCCAAUCAUUGAGUUUUGACACCAAGAAUAUGCAAAUAAGAACGUUGUUAACCCAGGGUUUAGGAAUGUUUAGUUUGGAAUGUCCGAUUAUUAAUAGCCAGGGUUAACCGCUGGUAUGUACAGUGUGAAACGGAUAACCCAGGAUUGUGUUUACCCGGGGUUAAUAAUAACUAUCUCGAGUGUGAAAAGCCCUGAUGAUGUCUGUGUGUUGCUUCUCAACCCAUUUUACUUUUCAAACAUUGUUGUAAAAUGUCUCGUAGUGUUAAUAGAUUUUUAAAAGAUUUCCUGUCCCUGACUCUUGUAGUGUAAUUCUGUUGUUUAUUACAUGAAUGCAUUAAAAAGAGAUGUUGAUAUUAUAAAUAAAGUAUAUAAAGAUUACUAUAUGAGAUGAUAACACAAUAAUGGCGAACAAUUUAUUGAAAACAACAAGAGUUUCAUCUGUGAUGAACAAGUGAGAGUGUAUAAAAUGUUGUUUUCUGUUGAUCUUUAUGGUUUAAUCAUAAAUAUAUCUGAAUCUU